AUGUCCGGGAUACCCCCAGACACUUGGCAGCCCUCUACCGUGGCCGUGGAGACGACGAUGGGGACAGUUGUGGUUGAGCUUUACUGGAACCAUGCUCCAAAAACCUGCAAGAACUUCGCAGAGCUUGCCAGAAGAGGCUAUUACAACAACACCAAGUUCCACCGGAUAAUCAAAGACUUCAUGGUGCAGGGUGGAGAUCCAACAGGGACAGGUCGAGGGGGUGCCUCCAUAUAUGGCAAACAGUUUGAAGAUGAACUGAGCCAAGAGCUGAAAUUCACAGGUGCUGGAAUUCUGGCAAUGGCCAAUGCUGGGCCUGACACCAAUGGGAGUCAGUUCUUCUUCAGUCUGGGGCCCACUCAGUGGCUAGAUGGAAAGCACAGUAUCUUUGGAAGAGUGUGCCAGGGGAUGGGAGUGUUGAACCGGAUUGGCAUGGUGGAGACAAACUCCCAAGAUCGCCCUGUUGAUGAUAUAAAAAUUGUCAGAGCUACUGUACCCAAUUAG